UUGUCAAUAUAUAACCAGGACUUUUAGGAUCAGUCAUUACAUUGUUUACUAUAUCUUUUAAAAUGGUAACAUCAUUUCAGUUGCUUGUGCUUUCUCUUAUAAUCUUUUCAAAUGUUGCAUCACUUGCACAAUUCUUCAACAACUGUAGCCCAGCUUUGUGUUCUGAUCCUGCCACACAUGGCGUACCUAAACGUUGUUCGUGUCACCCGGACUGCUACCUCUACAAUGAAUGCUGUUCGGACAAGAUUAAUAAAACCACUUCUGACCACAAACAACCCUAUCCAUCAAUAUAUUAUAGUUGUAGAAAGGUUAGUGAUGAUUAUUAUUAUCAGUUUGACCGUUGUCCACUUAACCAUGAUGUUACAGAGUACGUAAACAACUGUGAAAACUCUAACUCAGAUGAUCAAGUGCAGUCCAUUCCUGCUUUUGGUAAAACAAGUAAAAGACUCUACAGGAACCUAUAUUGCGCUCUCUGUCAUGGAGAGGAAUUCAUUCUUUGGAAUCUUUUAUAUAGAUGCUAUCGCAUCUCUAAUCUAAGCGUUGAUAGUAUAUCAACCAAUGUCAAGGAUGGAAGAUGUCGAUCAACAGAUUUUCGUCCUUCAGAGGAUUUCAAGAAAUAUUUGUAUUCCUGUAUUCCAUAUAUUUCGAAUUGUCCUCAAGAUAACAACAAUACAGAACAAAGAAUGGCGUGUGAAUCUGAGCCCAUGGCGUUGAUAUAUUUAAAUCAAGAACAUUUAAUUCGAUACGAAAACUUAAACCAAGAACAUUUAAUUCGAUAUAAAAACAAACCUUGUGCUACAUGUAACGGGAUUUUUGAAGUUCCGUGUGAAGUAGAAUACCGAAUGACAUAUCCUCCAUUAGAUUCAUUUAAGCCACUUACAAUCCUCUUCAAUUAUCAUACAAAAACCAUAAAGGUAACAGAUAAAUACUUCGGAACGGAAGAUACGCUUCUGCAGUUACCAUCGUGUCCAGAACAUGCUGUCUACGAUAUGAAUUCUAAGGAAUGCCGGCAAGUUAUCUACCAUCCUCCACUAAACUGUACGACAACAAGAUUAAAUGAAUCUGAGUAUUACAUCACCAGUGAUGGUCGUCUCUACUUAAAUAAUACCCAACGUUUGCUGAACCAAUCAGAAUUCAUUCGUGAUUCUCAAGGUAUAAUAAAUAUGUGUGUAAAUAAUGGUACCAAUAAUAUAUCAAAUAUCAAUGGUAUAUCAAAAUAUUCCGUAGUUGACGGCUAUAUCACAUUAGUGGGACUCGUGAUCUCUAUUCCAGCUCUCGCAAUCACUAUUAUAGUCUAUCUGUGUAUACCUGAUCUCCGUACCUUACCAGGUAAAUUACUCAUUAGUCUUUUGUCAGCACUGUUUGUAGCUGAGCUUCUCUUUCUUAUCUCAUCACAAGUCACUACAUCUACAGUGCUGUGUAAAUCUUUAGCUGUGGUGAUGCAUUAUUCCUUUCUUGCGACGUUCUUCUGGAUGAAUGUCAUGUCUUUUGAUGCCUGGCACACUUUCUCAGGACUUACACAACUUCGAAGUAAAGAAAAACAUACCAAGAGAUUUGUAUUGUAUUCCUUAUAUGCUUGGAUCUGUCCACUUGUAAUAGUAACUAUUUCACUGAUAUUCGAGUACACACCUGGAAAUCAUGGACUUUCUCCAGAAUAUGGAAAUGGUAUUUGCUGGAUUACAAAUGGAAAAAGUCUGCUAUGGCUUUUUGCAAUCCCCGUAAUGUUUAUUAUAUGCCUUAAUAUAAUAGCAUUUAUCCUUACCGCUAGAGGGCUCUAUUUGAGCGGUAAACUUUCUUCGAAAUAUUUGUCAAAACAUAAUAAAGAUGAGUUCAUCAUUUGCAUAAAACUAUUCUUUAUCAUGGGACUUACAUGGGCAUUCGCAUUUCUGUAUACGUUUACAAGAAUUGAAGAAUUUUCUCUAUUAUUUUGUAUUUUAAAUUCAUUCGUUGGAAUAUUUAUUUGCGUAUCGUUUCUAUCAACAAAGAUUGUUCGUCGCAGUAUUCUGCGGAAUUUGCAAAUAAUUAUAAAAUUGCCCGCAAAAAAUUCUGUUGAUGUGUCUUCUGCUCGUGAAACAAAAUCAACGGAUGCACAAAAUAGUCUGUCAGUUAACUCCGCCGUUACGCGAAACUUGUAUGAAUUUAACCAGUGUGGAAUAUCGUCACUUGAAAGGCCAGAAACUGUUGCGAAUCCUUCCACAAAGCCUUGAAAGAUGGAGGUAAUGGACAGCAAAUUAUAUACUAAAUCUGAAUAUAUGACAGGAUAGCCUUUGACCGUGAAUUAGCUGAUGUUAAACAAGUAGAACAAUUAACAACAAUUUGAACUGAAAAUCCUUAGAUGCUGAUUCGAAAAAAAAAAUCACAUUUUCUGGGAUCUAUUCAAAUGCAUGUAAGAUAUACAUCAUAUAAAUGUAAAAAGCGUGUGUCUAUUUCUUUCAGGAACUUGACAGUUUAUCUAUGGCCAGUUCUCCUGUUCUCCAAUAUAUCAAAAUGUUCAUGUCCACGUCAACUAUUGAACGGACUCAAUUGUUACUGCAAAGUCCAUAUCGUUUGUCAUUUUCCUGUACCAUUUUUGAUGAUACAUUUUUUUGUGUUGAUCUAAAAAAGGUUGAUGAAAAUUUGGGCUAUUGUUAUGGCAUUUGUGAUUGCUCUAUUUUAUGUUCCUCUUUCUGACUGAUAGGGUCAUGAAAAACUUUCUAUUCUAGCUACUUGUAUGGAGUCAAGUUACCUGAUUUAUAUUCAUUCAUACAUAUGUAUGUACAUAUAUACACAUAUAUUUGUAUAUUAUAUGUAUAUAUAUAUAUAUAUAUAUACACACAUGCACGUGUACCUUCGUUUUGGGAUCACCACUACUUUAUUAUAUCUCCUCUUUCCUAGCUCUCCUGUCUGACCACAUCUUUCCAGCAUUCGCCAUGAAUGACCGCUAGCCACUAAACCUUUUUUUAUUUUUUCUCUGUGUUUAUUUCUGUGUUCCCUUCUGUUGAAGAGCGUAUGCUCGAAACGUAAAAGACUUUCUCACUUCCCCGGGCGUUAAACUAAUACAUCUUUUUGUUGUUUACACACCCGUCUUCGUAUUUUCUUUUUUUUUGGUAAAUUCCAACUAUAUAUAUAUAUAUCACGGAGAUGUACUUGCAUAGCAAGUGACCUGAUCUGAGAUCGUGUGCUGAAACAAAAACAAUUGCAGCAUGGAAGGUGUUUAUAAG